GGCCGCAAAGCGUAAACAAGGGGUGUACGCCUGAUAGUGCAGCAUGUAAAUUCUAUAAAUGUACUGUAAGUUUGUCGUAAAAUCGGCGAAUGAUCGCUAAAAUCUGCCCAAUUAGCUCUUACUUACAGCUACACCAUGGAAGACAAUAAUAAAAACGAAUAUUAUUUCGGCAAUUUGCCGAAAUCUGCCACGGAGGGUGAGUUACGAACCUUUCUCAAAGAUUGUGGAAAGAUAACCGGGUUCGAGUAUCGACUGGCCAAGUGUACCUACUGUCCGACAAAGAUUGCGUACGUAAAGUUUGCUGAAAGUUUGGGUCGGGAAAAGGAACUGGAUUUGAGUAAGCAAAUGUUCAAGGAAAAGCGGCUGUUCUGCGCUAGCACGAGAGCGGAACCGUUCUUCACGCCACUACUCUCCGUUGUAGUCCGCUAUCUGAACGAGCACAUCACCGAGGAAGACCUGUACGCACACUUUGAAGCAGUUGGGUCGGUUGAAUGUGUACAAAAACCAUCGCAGAACUAUGCAUACGUGUCCUUUAAGGAUAACGCAUCCAUAAAGGCGGCAAUGGAGCUGAAGAAGUCGCUGAAGGGCAUUGAACCCUACAUCGUAGAAGUGAAGCGAAAAAUCAGUAUGUUUCUAGAGCAGAAAAAAGCCGUAGCGUAUGCAAGCAUCAGGGACAAGUGCGACAAGCUGGAUCUAGUUUACGAUCCAGACGCGGAACAUGAAACUACAUUGCUUGUGACCAACAUCCCCAGAAACACCGAGGAGGAUGAUGUGGUCGAAUUUUUAGGCAGGUUCGGGAAGAUUGUCGACUGGGAGAUGCAAAAAUCGGCUAGCUGCGUGAUGUCCAACAUUGGCUACGUCACCUAUCAGCAUCCGAAGAUGGCGCGGACGGCAUUUCUGCACGCACCUUUAAACUUUCAGGGCUUUGGAAUGGAGGUGUACAACCGGUUGCUGGGGUACACGUCGAACCCUUCGGACCAAGCGGUUAUCAUACAGCGCACGAGUGUUUAUAUAACUAACGACGAGAUAUUUGAAACAUUUUCCGAGCAUGGGCGCGUCGAAUACAUACAACGCAUCGAUGCCGUUAAUUACAACACAAUUGUCCGCAUGGACUCCGAGAAGGCGGCCCGGGAUGUUAACCUACUGAAGCUUGUCGCUGGCGAGACGGUGGCGAUACGGCCGUACUCGGCAAAGCGCUACGUAACUCCCACGUACGCUCCUCGCAGCACGGAUACACGCACUCCUCCAAGGCGGACGCGCAAGGAAAACAUGUUACUGCACAUUAACGACAUCGAGGAGCGCAAGAACAUGUCGCUGCUGCCAACGGCGUUCAACCCGCAGUACUGCAAUCCCAACCCGCAGUACUACCGGAACGAGGUGCAGGUUUGGAAUUAUGGGCCGAGGCAAGGUUUGAUAGAGUUUAGAGAUUAUUUUAAAAAAUACGGGACCGUAAUCAAUUUGCGCGAGCUGAAAGAGUACAGCACGUCACCGAUCCGUGUCGCUUACCUUAGCUUCGAAACCAAGCUGGAAGCGAAGCGCGUUUGCAAGCUCAACAAUUCGUUCAUGUGUUCGCGACGGCUGGUCAUCCUGAUGGCCGAUCACUGUAUCGUGCAUGAUCCGAAACUGUGUGUGAAAGUAACCGACCUCACGGAAGAAAUAGCCGAUGAGGAUAUUUACGACCGGUUCAGUAUGAUAGGCGACGUCAAGUAUGUAUACCGUCCCAAGGUGGAGGCAGCCAUCGUGUGCAUGGCCAAAGAGAAAUGUCAAGCGAGGGCAAUGAAAGUGAUGUGCGUGGGUCGCUUUUGUGUAACUGUAUCUUCCCUGCCGGGUUCGAACAAUCCUCAGCAGGGAAUGGGAGGUACACAGACCAACGACGGGCCGCCGGGGAUGAUGCAAAAUUCAGCUCCCAUUAACCCUAAUGUGGGUCCGGGAGCUGCAUCUGGCGCUCCUUGGAGCGGACCGGUGCAAAAUGCUCCGAUGGGGCCUAGACCGAUGCGUCCAAUGGGACCGGUGGGUCCGAUGGGUCCGAUGGGUCCAAUGAGACCAAUGGGACCGAUGACACCGAUGGGACCAAUGGGACCAAUGGGACCAAUGGGACCAAUAGGACCAAUGGGUCCUUCUAAUCCAGGUGGCCUCGGUAGCUGGAUACCGCCACCAAUGUCUGGUGGUAUGAGUAGACCGGCUGGACCCAUGUCUGGUGGACCGAUGCAAUUAGGCGGACAGGAAAUUAGUCCGCGGAUGCGAGGUUUAAUGCAAACCGUCGAAGCACAAAUGAUCAAGUGCAAAAACUUCACCUCGCUGUCAAUGGCGAAUCAGUUUAACUUGGUUCGCGACAUAGUCAAUCAAUGCGUCACUUUCCCGUACUUUUUGUCCCUGAGCGGUGAUGAUAAAAUUCGUUACCUCAUCAACGGAGACAGCGGUUUUCAGCAGUUGAGCAGCUUUACGCUCUUCACGUAUCCGGAGCAGCUGCAGAUGCUAUCGAUCAUUGAGGACUACUACCGUAGCACUAGCGAACCGGGCAGCCUGCCACCUCGAUCAGCCUCGACGCCAUCGAACACGCUCGUAGUGCUGACCAACGAUACUGGUGUGGCGACGCCCUUGCAGGAAUCAGCCCCAAUCGACAGCGAGCAUUCACCGACGGGCGAGCAGGAUGUCGACGACGAUGAUGACAUUCCACCUGCACCAUCCCCUCCACCGGCACCAUCGUUUCGUUCCAGAUCGCCAACUCCAACCAAUGACGAGGAUGAAUGGAAAUCUGCUUCCACCGGUUCUAUCAACGGUUCGGAGGUGCAGAAGCGGCUGCUAGAAAGUUUUGCAGCAGCUAGUGCACAAAACAAGCGUGCCAAAACCGGACUGGAUCCGCCCGCUUACAAACGGGCUAAUUGGCCCGAAAGACCAUUCGUGCAAGUUAGCAAUCUUCCGAAAAAAGCCAGCAAGCAGUACGUCGCAAAGCUUUUCAGCCACUAUGGCAAAGUUGAGUUCGUGUCAGAAACGAAAACCUUCACGCCUGAUUCGAAAACGAUGAUCGUGAAGUUCGAAACCAUGUAUCAGGCUUACAUGGCACUGGAGCAAAAUCUGAAGACGGUGCUGGGACGCCUGAUCCGUGUUACUGUCCACGAGACGCGCUACAAAAUGAGUGCGAAUCGUGGCAUAGGAGUGACCUGUAAUGGACCCUAUUCUGAGGUGGAAAUAUUUGAAACGUUCAAGUCUUGCGGAAAUAUCGUUUUCAUGAGAACGGUCGGAACGCCUGGAAAUGAAGUGUGUGUGCUUGACUAUCAGAGCAAAGAUUCGGCGGCCGCCGCGCUCAAGAUAACGUAUCUGCACAACGGAAGCCGAUGCAAAGCCGUGCCCUACAGUCUGGUAAGUUUCGGACAUUGUGUCAAUCCCACAGGAACGCUUGAGACGAAAUCUUACCCCUUUGCACGUUUACUGUUCAUCAACAGCCACCUCCACCAGAAGAAAUGAAUGACGAUAAAGUUGUUUUAGAAUAAUUAGCUCAUAACAUUUAUGCAUAAGAUAGUGUUACGCAUUGUGUGCAGUUGAAAAACUGUGAAUGACACGCGGUCGAAAUGCCUGUAAGGCGUGAUUACGAAGUCGUGUGCGAAAUGUUCACUAGGCAAUAAUACGGCCACCGCAAUCAAACAGAAAAAUAUGUUAUUGAUUGAGCAACAGUCGGCGCUCAAUUAAUCCAACCAUCAUUAUGUAGUUGGCCGCACAAUUCAGCAUGUGUCGUAAGCGCGACACAGCGAAGGAUUACUUACUUUAAGAAAUUUUGUUAGACAUAAGCUGUGUGUAGGGAAAGGGACAACUGCAUUAAAAGCAAUUCUUUGUAAUUAUUUUAAUGCAAACAAGACUCUGCCUUUAGGACAUGUGCGAUAUAGAUAAUUUAAAGUAAUAGAUGAGUUCAAAACUGAAACAAGACAAAUAGUCAUUCAUCCACAACCAUCUGGUAAGUAUUUUUAAGAUUACACGGAUAUCAACCACGAAAAGCAAAAUUAAUGCGCACCGUAAAGGCUUCCCCCGGAUCCGUCAUCAAACACUGGAGAACACAGGGAGUGAAGAACCCGGAAACUGGAAACUAGAAACUGGAAACUGGAAACUGGCAACGAACAACAUUACAUCCCACAGCUGCCGAUUGUUGACCGUAGCCAAGAUAGACAGAGUGACAAAGUUGUAAAAUCAGCAUCGUGUUAGAGUAGGUUUGAUUUUACUACUAUUUAUCAUUAACUAAUAAACGGAAGAGUGAGUUACACCGCGAAUAAAAGGAUAAUUACAUUCAAAUCAAUCCAGUACCGGUACUGCUUUUAAACAGUGAAUAAAACAUCGUCUCAUCACUUUCUUUGAAGACUUUAAUGCAGUCUUUUUUAUUUAUUUAUUUUUUUUUGCACGGUUUUGACCAUUUCUUUCUAAACUAUCACACAAUUAGGAUUUCGUUACACUUAAAUCUCGAUUCGCUCUAAAUAAACUGUUUGCGCUUAUUUUAUCUUAUUUUUUUCGUUUUGCUGUUGCAGCACUAGAACUAAUUGUCGUGUCAUGUUGCUUUCUUACGGUUGCUUGUGUACGGAACCUAAAAUUGUACACAUUAAAACAUAAAUUUCAUUCGAUCAUUUGUAAACAAAACAAAACAAAAAAAGCUGACGGAUAUUUGUACCACCUUUUUCUAUAUGAGAGUACAACGGACCAUACGAUCCUAUUGUAAAAUGCAAACGGAAACUCUUCUUCUGUGCUGUGCGCGGUGGUGCUGUCCCACCGGUGGUUUUUCUGUAUGAAAUGAGGAGACAAAACACACAGAGAGAACCUUCAUAACCGCACCAACCGCGGUAGCGCCAUCCACCAUCGCGCAAAAGACCGGGUAAAAGAGGGGGGGGGGGGGGGG